UUAUGCUUGGGCUCAUAUAUUGACAGAAAUGAGAAUGAAACUUGUAGGAUUGAUAUUUCAGUGACAUCUGCUGCAUUUGUUGUGGCUAUGGCAUUGCUCAUGCAAAGGGGAAACCCUCGUUUUGCUCAGCUUAGCAGUACCAUGUUUGGGUUAUUUUAUUGUGGCUACCUCCCUUGUUUCUGGGUUAAGCUCAGAUGUGGUUUUGCAGCUCCUUCCUUAAAUACCAGAAUAGGAGCUGGAUGUCCUUAUCUUCUUGGUGCCCAAGUUCAUUGGACAGUAGGCCUUGUGGCAACCUUGAUUUCUUUCAUCAGCAUAAUAACGGCGGAUACAUAUGCCUUUUUGGGUGGAAAGGCCAUUGGCAGGAGACCACUUACUAAUAUGAGUCCAAAGAAGACAUGGGAAGGAGCUACCGCUGGCUUGGGUGGUUGUAUUGCAACUUCAGUAGUAUUGUCAAAGAUUUUAAGCUGGCCAGCCUCUUUGCUAAGGUUUUCAAUCUAUCUCACAAAUUUGCGUAGAGAAAAAGUCGGGAUCAUUUUGAGUAAUUUUUCAAGUUUUCGGCCACCAUGGACGGUGGCCGGCGGUGGUCACCGGCGCCGAUGUACGACGAUUGGUCGGGUUCGCCAUAACUGGCUAGAGGAAGAGAGAGGAGAGAAUGGAGAUAAUUUUUCUCUCUCAAAAAUGAAGAGAGAGAAGGAAAAGAGGGAAAUGAAAGGUUGA